GCCCGUUUAUCAGAGCUUGAUACUCCAAAGCAAGCUGAACAUUUGCAAAGAUUAGAGGAUCUGAAGAAACAGUUGAUUGAACUAGAAAAGCAGCAUGAGAAAGGAAAGCCUCUUGUAAACUUGGUGGACAAUAUGGUGAAACUGGGCUCCCUAUACCGUAAUGGUACGCCUAAAUCUGGUCUGAUGGGAUCUUCAAGUACGCAAACACUUAGUGGUGUCCCUGUGCGAGAGAGACUAGAGUUUAACUAUAAGGUUCAAGAGCAGCGCCUCCUAGCUGAGGAGCGACGGGACUGGGAUCGCUUCAGCCCUGACUAUGGGCAGCUUCAGGCUAAGGUGCAACAGUUAUAUCGCUUGGAUCAAGAGAUGCAAGAAGAAUCUCACACAUUACAAAAUUUACAAAUAGAUAAGGAACUUGUGGAAAGAGCUCUGGCGGGAAUACGUUUAAAACUAGCAACUUCUCAGAUACCGCCUAGUCUCAGAGACACACAUAGAAAGCAGCAAAGGCUCUUGGAACGUGAGCUAAGUCGAGUUCGUCUGUUAUUGGCUCAUAACUCAAAGAAAUUAGAAGAGACAGUUGCUGAAAAUGCUAGACUUGAGCAAGAACUCGUUAUAUUACGUCAGAAGCUGCAGACGUCUCGACAAGAAUCAUUUUCCUCCCCUCCACUUGGAAUGGUGGAUGCUGACUAUCCUUUAACUCCUGAGGACCCUCAAAAUCCCACAGCUCAGUUGGAGGCUGAGCUUAAACGUGUACAACUCAUCAUGGGAGAUCUGCACCGACAGAGACAAGAAAUUAGUGUUGCUGUUAAGCAACUGACUGAAAAGUCAGACCCUGUUCGUCCUGGUCCAACUGGAGUCGCUGGGCACAAUAUUGAUAAUGUAGGUGCAGGACCCAUUCCAGGAAAGAAGAGACAGCAAAGUUCAUGGCUGGAAACCGACUUAGACUCCCUUGUUUCCAAAGAAACAGGAAAUGGUUCACAACCUACCAGUCCUGUCUCAACAACAGGACGUACACCCUCCACAACCAGCACCAUUCCUUUGUACGUCAACACUGGGUUGGAGAAAGGUCAAGCUGAAGCAAGUGGCAUAGGAGAAGAAGCUCUCUCACUUCUAACCCCCAAUGAAGCCAGAGCUACAAGUCUCAGUCAGAUUGAACUUAGUGAAGCUGAUGACCGUAUGAAAAGAUUUUAUGGAAUCAUACCCAAAGAAAAGCAACAAGAGUUCAAAACAGUGCGAAUCGUGAAACGAGAGUCAGAGCGUCGGCAAAGAGAUAGAGAUCGCAGUGGUAACAUAGGAAUUCCCUUGUUUGCGCCAAAUGGGAAACGAGUAACACUGUUUGAAGAUCAAAAUGAAAACAGUGUUACUAUCAUGGAGCGUUCACAGCAGGCUAAUUUGGGACAGUUGUUAGAGACUGAAGAGAGGUCUUCUACUCUUACACCCAUUUCCAAUCAUAUUGAAACAUUGGGUAUUACUGCAACCAGCUCAACAUCAUCUUCACUUGGCAGCAGUGAACUUGCUUCAUCAAAUGUGUCAUCCUCAAUGACUUCUUCAAUUACAAAUACCACUACAGCAAUGGCUUCUUCUUCAAAUUUCAUGAGUAACAGCUGGGCACAGGAAACAUCCAGUAGUCAAGCUCUUGAUGAAGCAAUGGCCCAACUUGAUGAUGAGCUAGAAAUAAAUGGUGGCUCAGUUUUCCAACGGUCACUGUCUCUUCCACGAGGCUUUGGCAAAACAAAUUCUCAAGGUAUAGAAGUUGAAGCUGUCUCUAGUGUUGGACCUUUCAGUACAUCCUCUAAAAAAAGCAAUGGGUGCAUCAGCUCCAGGAACCUCCAAUUUGAUACUCACUCUGGGAGUGGGAGUGAGAGUAACACAAGUAGUCCAAGUGGUUCUCGUCCUUUGUCUGCGAGGGAGCAAUUAUUUGGCAGUUUAGCCGAUGAACACCUUUCUACUGGCUAUACCAUGCUUGGUCUAACUUCACGGGAAACUUCACCUCAGAUGAGCCCAGUGUUUGCACACCAUGCGGCGUACCAGAGCGAGGCAGCUCGCCAAAUCGUGAUGGAAAUGAACGCCUGCAGUCCCUCUGUCUUGCCUCCGCAGAAAGUGGCGCAGCAGAAACAGCUGAAACAAGCCCAGCAGCAGCAACACGCUCAGCGCCGUCUAGUUCCUAGAGAAAAGAGAAGACAUCAUACUGUGUCCGGAAGACCUCUAUCACAAGUGUCAAGUUCUCCUCUACCUGUCUUGGGAACUACUAGGUCAAGAGAUGAUUUAGAUAUGGAAAGAGCCCUUCGCACCAGACAUAAUGCUGCCCCUGACGUAGUUCGUUCCACUCUUUCUCGACGUGCUCCAAAGUAUGAUGCAGACACAAUUGAUUCCAUUCUGGGCACACCAGGUAAAAUCCACAUCCCUGAGAGUUAUGUACCUGAGAAUGAGCCAGCUCUAAGUCAAGAGGAGCGUAUGCAACGUCUUCGCAAAGCAGAUGCCAUUCGAAAAAUGUUGUCUGAAACACACUCAAGUACGACUUUGCCAAGUACAUCAGGACAUCAGGGGAGGAGGAACCACCAACGUUAACCCUGAAGAAAAAAGCUGCAGAAGAGAAGAAGCAACACAAGCACUUAUUACAAUUGAAUCAGCUUCUUGCGAAACAAGUCAUGGAGAAGAGUAAGAUUGUAGCAGGUUCACAUCCUUCGAGCCAAGACUGCAUGUAGCUGUGCCUGUGUGUUCUGCCAAGCUCACAGUUGCAUCAAG